AUGGCCAUCGACAAAAUAGUGACAGACACGAGGCUCUGCGCUGUCCUGCAGAUUGCCGACCAGGCACGCGAUCAAGCCAGUGCCCUCAUCAACCUCGGCGAACAAACAUACAGCCAAGGACCUGCAUCAGACGAGGCGCAAGAUGAGUUGUUCAAGCAGCAACGGCUCCUUUUCACCACUGUGGCCCAUUUGAAAGGAUUGCACCGAAAUGCCUGCUUCACAGCCCGCGAGACGAAAGGUCAGACUGCCGAGUCGCGUCAGGAAGUCGAUCGCCUGCAUCUCCAACUUCAAAAUCUUUACUACGAGCAACGGCAUCUCCAGGGAGAGAUUACUGCCUGCGAUUCUUACGACCACAAAUACCAGCAAUUGCCUCUGAUCCCCGUGGAAGAGUUCCUAGCACAGCACCCCGAGCAUCAAGAUGACGACGAGAACACUCUGAUGGUGGCGCGCAUCGACCACGAGCGAGCCGAGCGUGAAGCGCUUGAGCAACAACGACAGGAGCUCCUCAAGCGAAAGCAGAAACUCAUUGCGGAUAACAAACGACGAAAGGACGACUUGGCUAACCUUGACAAUGAUCUCGAAAAGUUUAUUGAUGCUGCCAAGCCAAUUCAGAAACUCUUCGAAAAGGCACCUUGA